AUGAAGUUUGGAGAGACAUUCAUGGAGUAUCUCCAUAGAGAUCAAGAGGGGUUUGUGGACAAGUGCUCUCAUGUUGAAUACAAGCGCCUCAAAAAAGUCCUCAAAAGCUGUCGAACUUGCAGGGCAUUGAAGGAAGGCAAGAUGAAUGAUUCAAUGUCUGAUCAGUUUUGUCAAUUUGAAUCUUGCCCAGUGUGUGAUCAGAUGUUCUUUUCUGAAUUGAUGAAGGAGGCUUCAGAUAUAGCUGGAUGCUUCAGUUCAAGAGUUAGACAUCUUCUCCAUCUUCAUGUUGCUUCUGGAAUGCAGAGAUACUUGUUGCGCUUGCGGCAAUGUUUCGCAAACGAUCAGCAAGCCAUGGUACAGGAGGGUCAGAUGUUGAUUGAAUAUGUUAUGAUGAAUGCUAUUGCUAUACGGAAAAUUCUUAAGAAAUAUGAUAAAGUCCAUAGCUCUGUCAAUGGGAGGAACUUUAAGUCCAAGAUGCAGGCUGAACACAUAGAGAUUCUGCAAUCACCUUGGUUAAUAGAACUAGGAGCUUUCUAUAUGAAUUUCAAUGAAUCAUAUGGUGGAGGGUCUGAUGAAAUUUCCAGUCCAUUCUCCUGUGAUCUGAGCGCCACAGAGCCUGUGUUGACUUUGAAGCUUCCGGAUUCUGUGAAAUUAGAAUAUAAUCUCACUUGUGCUAUUUGCUUGGACCUCGUUUUCAAUCCAUAUGCUUUGAGCUGCGGACAUCUUUUUUGCAAAUCGUGUGCUUGUUCAGCUGCUUCUGUGAUGAUUUUCCAAGGUCUCAAGGCUGCAAGACCAGAGAAGAAGUGUCCAGUUUGCAGAGAGGUUGGAGCAUAUGCUAAUGCAGUGCACAUGUUAGAAUUAGAUUUGCUCUUGAAGAAAAGGUGCAAGGAACAUUGGAAGGAAAAGCUGGCCGCUGAACGCGCUGAGGCGGUGAAGCAAUCCAAGGAGUACUGGGAUUUACAGACUAAAUUUGCAAUCGGAUUUUAAUGUUUGUUUCUCUUUCUUGACCUCUGAAACUCAAAACUUUCAAGUGCUACCUUGCAGAGAACGGCUGUGGGUUUGAUGGGAACUGCUUGCCGAUGCAAAUUUUAUCGAAAAAAAAUCAUUAUGGUUUUCAUGAGGUUCCUAUGUCAUGAUGUCCUUAUUCAACUGGGAUUAAAGAAGCUUUAAAAUAAAGUAUUGUUGUUAAUGAUUUCCUGAAUGUUGUUAAUG